AGUUAGGCUGACUGAGCAUCAUCGAAGUCGUACGGAAUAGGGAGAAGUAAGAGUCUCGUGAACGAACCCAAUAGUCUCUAAGUGGCUCCUAAAACCUAACCCUACGACUCAGCCAAACCUAACCCUGAUACUCCUUCCUCCUCCUCCUCCUCUGCGGAUCUCUCUCUCUCUAUCUCGUUCUCUCUCCUGCUCCUAUGGCCUCCGAAGAGAAUCAUCCCACUUACGCAGCAUUUCCGGAUCUCGACGAAGACGACGACGAUGAUACCGAAGAGGAAGAUCUCGAACAUCCUCCCAAACGCACGGAAGAUAUAGACGAUGACGACGAGGACGACGACGAAGAUGACGACACCUCUUCUUCCAAUCUCGCCACCGGCGGAGAAUCCAUUGUCCUUCCUUCCUCCUCCUCCUCCAAAGUCACCGUCGCCGUAGCAGGCGAUCCGGCUGUUUCCGUUGCUCAGGCAGUCACGAUCGCCCUCCCAGCCACCGAUUUCACUCCCGAUCCAAAGCGACUGCGGAUCGAGGGUGUUUCCGCCACCGGAAUUGAGAAAGGAGCCAAGCCUCUCGCCGUUUUUGACGAGUCUCGACGCCUAUUCCAGCGACUAUGGACGGACGAAGAUGAGAUCGAGAUCUUACAAGGCUUUCUCGAUUACACCAAGCAGCGUGGGAAUUCGGCAUCCCACCACCAAGACACAUCGGCGUUUUACGAUCUGAUCAAGAGCAAGCUGCAGCUCGAUUUCAACAAGAGUCAGCUGGUCGAGAAGCUCCGACGUCUGAAGAAGAAGUACAGGAAUAUCCUCGGCAAGAUCGGUCCAGGAAAGAGCUACCUUUUCAAGACCCCGCACGAGCAUGCAACUUUUGAGAUCUGCCGCAGGAUCUGGAGCGCCGACGGUACCCCCAUCGGAGGAGGUGGAUAUGAGGAUGAUGAAACAAACCCUAAUAACCCUAACCCUCACGCUAAUUCAGUGGAUCGCAUCAACAACGGUCUGGAUGCUAAUUCAGAGAGAAAGGCGGCAGCAUCCAAAUCAAGAAAACGAACCUCCAAAGGGGUUGAGAAAACCGAGGAGAAACCCCACUUCCCUCACUUAACAACUCCUCCGACUGCAAAUCCAACCUCAAACCCAAAUCCAAAUCCAAAUCCAACUCAAAAAAACACAGCUCCCCCGUUUCCAAACAUGAUCGAGGAGACAGUAAGGAGUUGCCUUUCGCCCUUAUUCAAGGAUUUGAUUCAAGGUAACAUGAACGGGCCGUGUAGUUCGAGGGGAGGAUUCCUGGGCGUUGCUAUGAAUUCGAUGCCUUUUGGGUUAUGGAAUCCUUCUUCGGCUAGUUUCUCAGGCGGUGGUGGAGAUGUAAUGGAGGAAAAAUGGAGGAAGCAGCAGAUAUUGGAGUUGGAAGUGUACUCUAAACGACUAGAAUUGGUGCAGGAUCAGAUCAAGUCUGCAUUAGAGGAGUUGAGAUCACCUGGAAGCUGAAAGAAAUAAAGAAAGGAAGGAAGGAAGAAGGAUCGAUCGAUCGAACUUUGGUGGGUUAUCACUAGUAAGUAGUCUAAACUUCAUCAAUUGGUCAAUGGUGUAGUUAUAUAUAUAUAUAUUAUAUUCUGUUUAAACUAUCAUUCUGUUGUUUAUUUAACUCCUAUUUACUAUUAUUAUUAUUAUUAUUAUUAGCGGUGAGAAUAAUAAUAAUAAGAAGAAGAAUUUGAUCUUGUUUUCGGAUAAAAUGUAAAAGUGUCAUCAUAUAUACAUUCAUAAAAGCUUACAUUUCAAUCCACAGAAGCUAGGUAGCUGCAAAGGAUGAUAUGAUUGAUUGAUGGAUGGGUAUUGGUAUUGUAUGUUUGUUUGUUUGUUUUCUUCUUAUUCUUAUUUUAAGUUGUGUUUCUAACCUUGAUUCAAAGUUUACAUUUCUUGUGUUUCUUAUUUUAAGU